AUGAAACUUCCGCGCACCGUGACUCUGCCAGGCUCAUCCAUACGCUCUGACCGUGAGCUGUCGCGUCAGCGCGAUCAAUUGGAGAAGCGCAGUGGUAUGGCAGACGCCGUGGUGCGCGUCAUCCAGCUCUGGAAGACAGGAAUCGUGAUUAUGGAUGAAGUGGAUGUGUUGCUUCACCCCUUGAAAAGUGAGCUCAACUUUCCCAUUGGUUCUCGGGAUCCUAUCGAUCUCUCUGGGCACCGCUGGAAUUUGCCCAUCCACAUCAUCGAAGGGAUCUUCUUUGCAGCAGCGGAGCAUCCAUUGUCAGACACCGCUGCCGGCACUGUGGCAGCAGACAUGAUGAACGAUCCACAGCAUGUUGGCCAUGGGCUCCUGGAACAGUUGACACAGGCGAUGCGCGCAGGGUUCUCGUCGCAGGUCUUACAGCGAACCCCUCAUGCCGUCUUGCUGGAUACCAACUUUUACCAGCAGACCUUGAAAGGGCUUCUUGCGACAGCCGCUGCUGCCGGAAACGUGGCGCAGUUGGAACGGCUCAUCAUCCGCGAGUUAGCAGACGUGGAAACAAAAGACGAUGAAGGUCGAACGCCCUUGAUGUGUGCAGCCAGAGCCGGCCACCUGAAGGUGAUUCAACGUUUGUUGGAGCUAAGACCCCAGAUGUCGCUGAACUGCAGCGAUCAGAUGGGCCAAACCGCUCUGGAUCAUGCCGUGCAAAGUAACCAGCAGGAGGUGGUCCAGUAUAUGUUGGCCGACGUCAGCCUUUUGAAUUUCCGUCGAGGACUGCUGCCGGCGGUCCAAGCUGGAGACGAGGCCUUGGUGCGAGAACUCUUGGAGGGUCAGGUGGAUCUGUCCCUUCGCGAUGCUCGUGGGGCUUCACUGCUCCAUUGUGCGGUGAAACGUCAAGAUGUCCCAGUCCUGAUGGAACUCCUUCGUCAUCGAGCCGAGGUGAAUUGCCUUGACAGAUAUGGGCGAACGCCUUUGGAUCUAGCCAAGGACUCCUCCGAGGUGGCCUUUCUUCUCUCAAAGCGAGGUGCGCGCUUAGUCUUACCGCCGUCCUCGUGGGGUGAGUUUCCAGCAGCGGGGCAUAGCCAGGAAACCGCCUCUUUGAAUGUGCAGAGAAAGCCCAGUGUAGCGAAGACAUGUCAGGAUGAUUGGUUGUUUGAAGUGACGGUAACUGCUUGGACCAAACGUGACGCUUCAGCAGGAUGUGAGAUGAGGCGUUGGGUGCUGCUAUGGCUGAAGAAGAACUUCACGGGCGGAUCUGUUCCGGAUGAGGUGCUGUUGGAUGCCUUACUUGCAGAGCAACACUUUCACUACAAGCAGGUCUUGGAGUCCGGUUUGACCCCGUUCUCCUUGAAGUUGUUCAAUUUAGCUUCCACCUGGAUCCGUGCCAUUUUGCCCCAUGUGCUCUCGAAGAUUGACCGAGUCUCUUAUGGUCUUCUGGGCAAGAAGCAACUUGAGGAUGCGGACGAGAAGACUCCCUUCUCACGCUUGGUGAUGGCCGUGCCCUUUGUUGGGAAGGAUGUGCCAAGCCGCAGCAGCGAAUUUGCGCAUCCCGAUGUGGCCAUUGGCCUCACCAUCUUGGCGUAUCGCUACGAGGGUUUGCGCCCCAGCGAUGUGCGAAGCAUCGUGGCGCAGCUCAAACAGGAUUGCGCUCGACAGCUGGGACCACGAGAUACGCGGCCGGCACAUGUGCUGUUCGAAUCCUGGGUUAGACAGGAGGAACCGGGGAGCCCAAGACACAAGAUGAGACGGUUGGAUGAAGACAUCUCGCAGAAUAUUUUGCCACUCUCCUUGUUUCAACCGGCAGAUCAGAAGCAACAAGCACGCUUGUACCGUCAAAUUCAGGGCCUUCACUCCGUUUGUCAUUUCUGGCUGCGGCAGCACGUCUUUCCAGUCACCAUGAACUUUCAUCCCUUGAAGAUCUCUGCGAGCGGCCAUGAGUUGGGCUCCUCGCUGUUGUUUGGCUAUCGCCUUGGCUUCAGUGGAACGCCCAGCAACCUGCUACCCCAGGACCUGGGCGAAUGUUUCUACGAGCCCGGCAGCGACGGACAGGUGACCCGGGUCUUGACCGAUAGCGCCGUGACCACGGCUGAGGUCUGUGCAGCAGAUUGGAGCCCCAGUGGAUUGCUGUCGCGUGUGGCUGAAGGAUCUUUCCACGCCUUGAUCGACACAGGUGCUUUGAUUACCAACAUGGAUAAUGAACAGGUCGCUCGGGAGCUUCUGGCGAAAUUGCCGUCCGAGAAGUUUGAUGGUGUGGUUUUCCUGGACCAAAGCGACAGGAAAAUGAUCUUGCUGAGGAGCAACGUGGGUGCCCUGGGUGCCCGUGCUGUGUCGCUGGUCACCAGUGGUGUGGUUCCGGAACGUCGCUUCGCUUUCUUUGAUCAGGUGCACACCACGGGAAUGGACAUCCUCACAGCUCCCUGCGCCAAAGCUGUGGUGACCAUCGGCAAGGACAUGAAUUUCCGGGACUAUGCCCAGGGCGCCUUCCGUAUGCGAAAGGUUGGCAAAGGUCAAUCGAUUCAUCUCUUCGUCAUCCCGGAGGUGCAGACUCGAAUUGCUGCAGAGCUGGGUCCCAGUAGCAGCCUGAUCUUGGACGUGCCAAAGUGGCUCCUGUUGAACUCCUGUCGUUCUGAAUCUCUACAGUCCUUGAAACUGUUGGCCCAAGAGCUCACCAACGGCUGGCGGAAGCAGGCGCUGCAACACCUCUGCGCCGACGCCGCGGCCCAUAGCAAGAUGCCGACGGCGGAACGAAUGCGACGCUUCGAGGGGCCCCAGGCGGCCUUGCGCUCCUGCUUGGGCCCUUUCCAGGACCAGAUCUCGUUUGCGGUGGACGACCAAGUGAUCUUGCCAAGGUCAUAUCGUGAGACUUUGCAACAGCAAUGCGACCAGCAUCAGCAGUUCUGCGAUGACGUCAGUCGUCAGCAAAAUCUCUUGAAUCGAAUCGAUGCUGAAUCCAAGGUAGCCGACCACCAAGAAAUGCAUCAGGGAUUCACAGCUGAAGUGGUACAUGAACAGGAGCAGGAGCAGCAACAAGAGCAAGAAGAGGAGCAGGAAGAAGAACAAGAGAAUGCCUUCACGAGAGAUGAUGAGCAGGCAAACCCUUGGCGUGCACAAGUCCUAUCAGAUGCGCCCAAAGAAGAGGGAGAGGGCGAGCGACCCUUCUAUCGCCUCUGUCAUUUCCGCGCGCGACCGGAGCAGCCCUUGUUGCCACUGGAUCGCGGCCUCUGGCUAAGUGACAAUUUCUUCCGCCCCACUUGGGUAGGUUUGGGGGAACGACGUUUGAAGACGGCCUCGGUGCUGUUGGAAUGGCAUCCAGAGAUCUCACAGGCACGGCAAAAACGAGGCAUGCAACUUCGCGUGCGGCGCUUUUUUGAAGAGAUGCAACGGGCAGGUGUUCCUCCCACCGAAGCUGCGAUGAAAGCCCUGGGGAAGGCCAAGGAGUCUCUCCAGAGCGAGCCUUUGACGACCGAGGAGUUGGCAGGUGAUGCGACGAGUUCCUCGCCGCGCUAUUUGGUGCUCGUCACCUUGGCGGAGGCUGAGACCCUUCGCUGGUUGGCGCGAAGUGCAGCCAAAACGGAUGUGGGUUUCGCGCUGAAAAGUCUGGCAGGACGACAGUUGGAGGCUUCAGCUGGUUUCAUCGCGUCAGAUCAGAAUCUUGAGAGGCAGCUAUCGCUGGUGCGACUCUUCAACUGUGAGAUGUUCUUCGGGGAAAUGGAACUGCAGUUGUUGGAACAAGAGCUCAACGAGGUGCCUUUGCACCUUCGUCAGAGUUGGUUCGAAGAGCUUUUGCGCCUACGGCGUCGACGUGCGCGGUUUCUGUGGCUCGACACGCCGCUCGCGAAGCUCUUCACGCCACAGGAGCACUGGAAAUCCUUACGCUCGCAGUCCCUGCGCGCAGCCUUGCAGCGGGCCUUGAGCGUCUUCGCCGGACCUCUGGAAGACCUGGAGGCCCUGCAGAGGCCAAUGACUUCGGAUGCUUUGCGACAGAAACUUCUGAAGCUUCGUUUGGGCUUUUCUGCUGCUGACGUGCAGGAUGCAGUGAAUAUGCUGCCGGUGAGCGGAGACAUGGUUGAGGUGGAUGAUGCGCUUCAGGUUCAACAAGCCCUGGCGGCCCAACGUGAACGCCGGGGAUUGAAGGCUGCCAAAGAUGCUCAGGCCGCGGCUGAACACCUGGAAAAAGCGCAACGUGUGUGGAAUUGUCGGAAUUGCAGUUUCAUGAACAGUGCGCUCAGCAGCACCUGCGCCGUGUGCGACUAUGGAUGGACGGGGCAACGCGAAUGUCCCAGUGACAAGUGGUGCUGUACAGCAUCCACAGGAGGUUGUACCUUCUUUAAUCCCAAGAUGCUCUUUUACUGCGAGGUUUGUGGUCGAGUUCGUCCUGAUUUGGCCAGCAUGGCAUUCUGAGACAUCUCCGGCUGAGAAUGCUGAGACCAUCGAAGUAUGAUAUAGCAUGAUAUAGCACGACUGGUU